AUGGAUGAAGAGGCUGUUCCUCUAGGACAUGAUGUCCAAGUUGUUGACCCAGACGUCCGCAACUAUGUUUACGGUCUGGUCACCGCUCUCGGAGGCUUCAAUGGCGAGAAUGCCGACCAAUACGUACUCGGAGACGAUGCGCUGGCUUGUCUACGCGACAUCAAGCGCUGGCUGAGGUUAUAUGAUGAAAAGAACAACCGGAUGGAUGUUGCCCGAUGUCUCGGAGAGGCCAACUUGAUCAACGGCGACCUGCUUCCCAUCCUUUCGCUGUGGUGGGCCACCGGACAGAACAGCAAACAUAUGACUAGGAUCUCGCUGGCGUGUUUAGAACUCCUCGUCCCUUUGACAUGGCCAGUCGAGUUCCACAGCCAGAUGACAGUCAACCACCAUCGCCAUACCCCCUACAUCCAACAAACACAAGUGCAGUACAAACGGGGCGUUCUCAGGUCCGGCGGAUCGAAUCUCCUUCGUGCAAUAAUCCGGAUCGCCCUCCCGAGCAUGGCAACCCCGCGGUCCGAGCGCGGAACCCGCGAUGAAGGAAUCCUCAAGCUGAUGUUAUACUUCCUGCGAAACAUUGCGAUAAUAUCCCCUAAUGUUCGACUUGCGGCGGAAGGCGAAGAGGAGGAAACGUCUAGAUCGGCAACGAUCAACGCUUUCCACGACCAAGAUGCAUUUGCGCUUCUCUUGACCAUGUGCUCCAAUGUCGGCGAUGACUUUAAUCUCCAAGAUAUUCCUUUGAUGGAGACAAUUUUCCACAUCGUCAAGGGUGUCAAUGUCGAGAAGUUGUUUAUGGACGAUGACCAGAGGGCAGCGAAACGAAGCGAUGAACUCAAAGAUUUAUUGCAAAAGGAAGCGCAAGUGCGAAGAGAAUAUGCGAAAACCGCGCCUUCACGCCAUGGAAGAUUUGGUACAAUGAUCUGGGUCAAGCGAGAUGGCGCGAAGGUGUCCACCGUUUCUGGACAAAGUGUAUUGCGCGACGAUCAGACUACGUUUCAGAAGAUGGACGAAAGCAAGAAAUGGAAUAAACCUCGUCCCCGCCGCAGGCAAGAGGAUGUGGUCCAAAACAGCAACUUCAAUAUGCCCGCUCAUUUGAACCCCGAGGCAACAAAGAACUUGAGAACCUUUGUGGAGGAGUUCCUCGAUUCUGGCUUUAAUCCUCUUUUCACUCAUGUGCGGAAAGCAAUCGAGCGCGAAGCCGAGCGGGUAGUGGGAAUUAAUAUUCGCCAAUUUUUCUACACAGUCAGUUGGUUCCUGGAAGCAGAGCGUGUACGACGCACUCGGCAGCUGCGCCAGCGCACUGCGCAGAAUAAAGGAAGGACCAAGGAAAUAGAACCCGAUAGUUAUGGUCUGGUUGCUGGAGUGCUGAACCAAGAGACAUUCAUUUCUCUCAAUCGGGCUAUGCAAAGUAGCCUGGACAAUAAGGAAUGGGAUGAUCUCAAUGCUCAAAUGCGCUGCUUCACGCAAAUCCUGUUGACUGUCCAGGAAAUGGCGGCCUCGCCGGUUGAGGAAGAUCAAGAGAUUGCGGAGAACAUCCAGAACCGGAUUUUCUACGAAGAGACAACGCAUGAUCGAAUUCUCGCUAUCUUCCGCGGAUACAAAGACCAAGGAUUUGGCUACCUGGAUGCUUGCACGGAGUUAGCACAUGUGUUCUUGCGGAUGUUGGAACGCUAUUCGAAAGAAAACGCCGAUAUGCAAAUUCGCUCGCGCAGAAACGCCAGGCGAAAGCAGAAGAAGGCUACUCAAGUCGAGCAAGAAGGAGGAGAUGACGAGGAGGAGCAUGCCUCCGAAGACGAAGACAUGGAGGAAGUCGCCCAGGUCACCAAAGAGCGCAGCUUUGACUUCAAACGAUUUGCAGCUAAGUUCUGCACGCAGCAAUGCGUGAACACCUUCGUUGCAUUCACUGGAUUCUAUCGAGAGCUCAAUCCUGACCAGCUCAAACGGGCCCACCGUUACUUCUACCGGAUUGCUUUCAAGCAGGAGAUGACUGUGUUGCUCUUCCGUGUUGAUAUUAUUAGUCUUUUCUAUCGAAUGAUCAAAGGACCAGGACCCAUGGACUCAAGCAAGGCCGUGUUCAAAGAAUGGGAAGAACUGGUUCGACAAAUCAUCCGGCGACUGAUCAAGAAGCUCGAAAAGCGCCCUGCCUUGGUCACUGAAUUGCUAUUCAGCAAGAUUAACUCCACUGCCCACUACCUUGAAUACGGACACGAAAAGCAAACGAUAUCCUAUAGUAAUCGUCCCCCGGCUGAUCUUAUGAUUACAUCGACGGAAGCGGAGACAAGGGAAGCCAAGCUCAAAAUCGUGAUUGGUGCUCUUGUUCUCGACGGCAGAGCAGAUCUAGUCAAUUGGAUCAAGGAUAUCAUGAGCUCCGCAACUUCUGAAAGAGAAGCCUGGGAGGCCCAAGAGGAAGCCCGUCAUGCCGAGGACCCGGAGACUGCCAGCAUUCCCAGCCCACUAAUAACCGUGAAAGGGAAGAAUGAGUUCGUCCAGAACGCCAUGUUCUCAAACGCAAAGCUGCGCCUGCUCAUGGCCAUCAUCGGGUUUGAGCGACUCGGCGUCGAAGAUGUGCGCGGUGCCGCCUGGGUUAUUCCCGCAUCACUGAAAGCCGACGACCUGCGUGAGAUAGUUUCCGAGUUCCUGAAGAUCCUCCAGAACCCAGUCUCUGGUAUCACCGGCGAUGACCCCCGCCAGCACCUCCAACCAAAGAACAAAGUAUAUGGUCGGGGUAGCACGGCCCAAGGCACGGUUGAUGUUCUCUUCGGAUCCGAGUCAGAAGGCGAGGACAUCCCAGAUGGACCUUUGUUCCCAGCGAACCCGCGGUCAAAGUCCAGCGCGUUAGAUGAGCUCAAGAAGAAGCGUAAAAAGAAGAAGCAUCCCGACACCGAGGCGGAACCGCUGGACGAUGAAACCCUGGAAGCGCGGCGAAACGCUCGUCUAUCAAAUGCGCUGUCUCGACAGGCGAAGAUUAAGAGCGACUUAUUCAUUCACGCUAGUGAUGAAGAAACCGACGAAGAAGCCGACAAGGAGUUCUUCCGCCUUGAAGCAGAGAGGCGAGAGAAACAGGCCAAGGAAGUUAAGAAGGCCUUGCUCACUGGAACCGCCGAGAAAUCAAGCAGGAGCAAAGGAAAGAAGCCUGCCGCCCGCAAGCGGGUUAGCGACGGAGGCACUUCUGCGGCAGCAAAAUCAAAGCGACAGCGUCGUGAUUCCGGGUCUCUUUCUAGCGAUGCUGACAGUGAUGACGACGGCGAUAUCCUCAUGGGGGGACUUGACGCUCUGUCAUCUCCGUCCCAGCAAGUUUCCACUAGCCACGACGCUGGAGAAGACGACAUCCCUCUCAUAUCGGAUCAGGAAAACCCUGAUUCAGAUGACGAUUUCGCCUUCCUGCGUGAAAGCCCGAGGAAAGCUCCAGCCCUAGACCCCGAGUCUGGGAACGACGAAGAAGAGGAUGCGCCUGUGGCUCCAGCCCGAAGACGUAUGCGUGGUGGAUUUGUGAUCGAAAGUGACUCUGAAUAG